GUUCACCCCGUGGUGGCGCUCUUUCCUGUCCACUCGCUUUUUGUGUGGUGGGUGAAUGGUUGGGCCAGCGCGGCGCCACCCGCCUAAAAAUCCUGUUUUGUUAUCAUUAUUCGUUGUUCAGAACAGCGGUAAACUGAUAUAAUAUAAGGGUUCUAUUAGGCUAAGUAAACAUCUGUGCUUCGGAACGGGGCCACGAGUUGCUGUUACCCGUCAAAAUGUGGCCCAAACUACUGGAUAUGAACAAGGAUGAAUGUAAGCGGUUGCUGAGACGUACAGAGCUGGAGGCGUAUGCAGGCAUGAUCAGUGCGUUCCGUGCUCAGGGAGAUCUGACAAAGGACAAGAAACACAUUCUGAACGAGUUGGCAACAACUCUCAGUAUUUCCACAGAGCGUCAUCGUGCCGAGGUGAGGCGAGCAGUGAAUGAUGAGAAACUGUCCACAGUCGCUGAAAGGUUGAGUGGACCCAACCACUCUGCAGAGUGGGCCAUUGAGGGACGCCGUUUGAUUCCUCUCAUGCCAAGACUCGUACCUCAGACGGUCUUUUCCUUGACAGCCAAUCAGGCCGCCAACGCAGCCUUCAGUCACAAUCUUACCCUGCCUCUGCCUUCAGAAACAGCUAAAAAAGAAGCAACUAGUGAAAACAGCGUGAAGCUCCCAAGUCCCUCAUCGAAUGCGGUGGUUUUACCGAGCGGUCUCUCCAUCCCAAUCAAAGGUGGACCUGAUGUUGAUGUGGAGGUCAUACCGGCUAAGAAGCCUCGCCGUGAUUCAAGUCAUUCUCAGACCAAAGAUGUGAUGUCCUCUUCGAUCUCUCCUCAUACCCUGCAAACGUCUUCAUCCCCAUCUUCAAGCAUGCUGGCUAUGUCUACCACCAAAUCCGCCAGCGGGAACGUCAUCACAACUAAUAGAUCGUUGAGUUUACCGGCCGGUAAGCACCCGACGGGUUACAAUAUCGCAGCUAGUAAGCAGCAAGGAAGCAGGUCAAUCGUUGGCCGAACAAGUCCUCUCGGGCCAACGUCUUCAACUUCUGCAAACAAGUCGGGCUUCAACCCCGCGCAAUCACCUCUCAAAUUUACGUACACCAAGACAUCGACGAUAGCUGGGAAUUCAACGCCUUCUUCUUCGGCCCAAAAGGUAAUUCUGGUCUCCAGCAGCUCGACGUCAUACACGCCGUCCAUCUUACAACGCUCUCACAGCGUGCCAUCUGCCAAGUCUGCCGUAGUCAAAGGUGGCACCAAGCAGUCUGUUAUAUUGACCAGCGUGAGCGGUCAGUCAGCCUUGUCCAGGCAAUCAGAGGUUGUGCAUACAGGGGGCAGACAAACAGGUGUUUCAGCAGGUGCCAGACAGCAGACUACCAUGCCCAGUGCAUCAGGCAGUAAUAGACACAAAACGUCACUGUCGGGCCGACAGAGUGAGGCCAGUGGAGGGCAGAUGACUCCAUUGGAUAUGAUGCCCGGGACUAUAGGUGGCAUGAGCGGUGUCAGAAAACAAACCGGGAAUGCGGCAUCAGUGUCGGCUAUGAACAGCACAAUCAUUACAGCACGCACUACAGCAUCUAUCGUAAGUGCUCAGAUGACAUCGUACAUUGCCCCAAAUAUGGCCGGGAAGCCCAGAGGGAGGGCGGUCAGCAAACAGAAGCUCCUGAAACAUGUGACCUCAACAAGUGGCAUCACCACCCCCACUGGAGAAGCAACACCGAGCAAGAAUUACCCAAUGCCGAUGAAGUCCGGCCCAGGGAUGAAAAUUGCAACUCAGUCGAUGGCUGUCGGCGGCAAACAACGAUCAUCCAAUCAGUCUCCUCCAUUAGAAACACCAUACAAAGCGUCCAUGGCAACAGCUACUAUGGCAACUGGAAAGCCUGUGACCACCUCGACAGGUCAUAAGGUCAUAAUCAGCACAACGUCUGCGGGCAUUUCACCUCAUCACGUUGCUAUGACGACACCUCUGAUACGAACGAAGCCAAGUGGUACAGUGAGCAGCAUGAGUACAGUCGGCUCCAAACUGGUACCCGGCAGUGCGAUGAACGUCAUGAAUCCAAAGAUGGUACAAACUAUCAAAGCAACGACAACUGCAAAUGUCAGUCCAUCUUUGACGAGUAUGACGCAGAUAAUCAGCAGUAAGCCCAGCGUAAUUAUGCAUAAAUCCUACUCCCACGGAUCCCAAGCAGUUGCCUCAGACCCCUCCAAGAGCCCUCAGGCACACAUGACGAGUCCACUCCUACAUCGGCCGAGAAUCUCCAUGGUGCCUUCAGCUGCUACUACCACCACGGCUCCAAGCUUCAUGUCGACCGGCAUUCGUUUUCCCUCGCCGCAAAGUACCAGCAGUAUCGCUAUGACCACCGUCAAAUCUGCCGGCUCGAGACGGAUGAGAAGUCCAAUCACCAUGGUAACGCCCGGAGCUCCAUCUAGUCAGAAACGUCCUGGUGGAUCUGGGUCUCCAAGCACACCACAGAGCAGUGGGAAUACAGGGACAAAGGAAGAUGUACAAAUUGGCAAACAAAACAGAGAUUAUCCAGGAAGUUUGACCCGAGGACUUCUUAGUGGUUACUCACAUCCCAAUAGUGAAUGGAUUGAUUAUGAUGGAACUCCGCCCAAUUCCUCUGCUUCGUCUGCAAUCAAGGCGCUACUGGAGUUCAGAUCACAUCCAGAUGCACGGAAACAUUCCCAGACGAUAGAUCUCAGUCAUAUCGGAUCCAAGUCAACGACCAAGUCCACCUCGUUUCCUGCCAUGCCAUCGACUCAGUUUACAACGGCUCCGUCAAGAUUACCCCAUCAUCCGUUACUGACGACGAGAGUAUCCCAUCAUGCAACAGAUAUGACGACGGUCGGAUCUCCGGUCGAAGGCGUUAGUCGGUCGUCCCCGGCUCUUUUGUCUAAUAUGCAGAGCCGACUGAAGAAGGCAUUGAUGUCUGAUAGACCAGCCAAGCCAGCUUCCCCUGCAUCCUGCCUUCCGUCGUCGACCGCCGAAGUUGAGAAAGCUCUCCAAGGACAGAACCAAACCCUUUGUCAAGCCAAACAAGACUUGUCUCUGGUGCAAGCAGUGCCUACGAGCAGUUCACAAGAUGGAGGAACACGUUCUCCCAGUGCAGUGCCAGCUGCUAGCCCUCCCAACAAGGGACAAUUACAGAAGGGCAACGAAUCGCAACAAGUCACCGUUGAGGAUCAAGGCGUCGUCUCGGAACGAGUUAACGUUUCGUCGGAGGAUGUGUCAUCAUUUGUGGAUCAGUUUGAACAAUUCUUAGAAAGCGAGGGCUUACAGGGUCAGGGGCAGAGUCAAGGUGACCCGUCGUCUCAAUCCCAAGUGACUGGACAGUCUGCCGAUUCCUUUCAAUCGCUUACUGGAGUGUCCGCAGGUAAAUCGCUGUUGACACCUGCCCAAUCGACACCUGUUAGUAAAUGGUCUGAUGGAGCAUCCGGCUCGAGUGUUGCAGCCGACACAGCAUUAUCACCCUGGAGAAACAAACCGGAUUUUGAGAUGUCUGGUCAGAAAGGAGGCGCUAGCGUCGUCAUGGAAUCCAGCUCUGUUGACAUUUCACAGAUGAAGUUAGAAGAUUUCACCAGUCAGAGACUUCAAGACGAUGAAGAUGUUGAAGACGAUAAACAGAAUGAUACAACAAGCCCCGAGACCAGUCCGGUCAAGAUGAAAGGAAACAGUCCUAACGUUACCACGAGCGCUGGGUCCGGAUCUGAGGAGACACAGGGCGUUCGAAUUAGUAAUCGCAAGCGUAAGGCACCAGCACCCAUCGAUGAAGAGCCUGGCCCAACUAGUAUGUCUAGCUGGGCGAGGGCAGCAUUCAAUUUGUUGCAGAGGGUGAUGCGAUUCAGAGGAGCCAAUCGAUCAAAAGGAGAUUUGAAUGCAGCUUCUUGGUUUACCAGACCAGUGGCAGUAGCUGAAGCACCUGGUUACAGUCGAGUCAUCAAGAAUCCAAUGGACUUCGGAACAGUUAAAAGGAAACUAGAGAGUGGACAGUAUGAUGAUUUUGUGGGUUUCCAUAGCGACAUGACGUUGGUACACAACAACUGUGUACAGUACAACCCUCCUGGCCACGAGAUCAGGCGAGAUUGCGAAGAGGUGUUUCAGUUCUACACGGCAGAGUACAGCAAGUUGGUGGAACGCUGGGAGAAGCCGUCUCCUAAAAAGCUGAAAGUACCAGUAGAUGAUCAACACACUGACAAGAGCAAGUCCAGCGCCGCAAGAGCAAUUAUUCUCAAAUAGAUAUCUUCCUCAUAUCAAAUCUGGCUGUGUGGUUUUUAACUUGCCUGUGCAACAUCUUAAAUAAUCUGAACAUCUUGGAUGAGGAUAAUAAAAUUGUUUUCUUGCCCCCUCCCCUCCCCCUCAGUUUAAGCCCAACAUUUAAAACCUCUUUACAAAUAGAUUAUUUGUAAGAAUCAUAACAAGUUGAAGAUAGAAAGUGAAUCAUUGGUUCUGUGGACACAUUUUUGGCCAGUGAAAGCAUUAUAAACAUUGGUACUUUGGCAGACAAAACACGCCACACACGCAUUUAUACAGCCGUAGAUAGUGUGCAGCCAACGUCCUUGUACAUUUGUUAUACAUUUGUUAUACAUUUGUUAUACACCAUUCUGUAGUUUGAUAUAUUUCUCAUUCAUAAAAACGACUACACUUCUUAGUUGCUCUUGUGGCUUAUUUCCGGACCAUUGAAACCCCCCCCCCCCAAAAAAAA